AUGGAAAGGAAUAUUACCUCGAAGGUAAGCAAGGGUUAUUUGGCAGUUGAUUUGCGAUUUCGCCAUCGUUUAGCCUAGUUUUAGGCGCGCUUUUAUGAACACUUAACUACCUUGCGCGCAUCCUCCUUGUUUUUUGUUUUGAUAAGAAAAAUAAGACUACUGUUGCGUUGCAGAUUAAUAUCCAGUUCAAUGAGUCCUCUUCAUUCAAGAUUUACGAAGUCAGAGUUUUGAGCUUCAGGUAGUAUUGCUCUCAGUCUUACCAGUCAAUAUAUGUUGCUGGUUCUAAAGGUUCACCGCAGCCAAAAGCUUUUUGUUGGGUAAUUUUAAUGGUGGCAACUAUUGCCAAAGACUUGGAUUUUGAAAAGUGGCUCGGCUUGAGCGAAAAAUUGUUUAAUUAACAGAAAUCUGUCACUGUCCUAUGCACAUACGAAUGGGUGUGUUUGGGUUAUGUCAUGUUCUCUGUGACCGAACUGGUCUGACCACGACCAAAGCGGGAUUAAUUAUGAACUUCAUCUUCUAGUUACGAUUAAUUGUUGUUUUUGUUUUUGUUUCUUAUUUAUCAAUUUUCUCUUCUUAAUUACCAGUCGUGGAAGCGUAAACGCCCAGAUGUUGGCUUUAGCCAUAGUAAAUGAACAUACUUCAAAAGCUGAGGCUUUGACUCAUUUUAUAGAAGGAUUUGAUACUGCGUUUAAAGACAGUUUGCGUGUCUCCGCUCUUAUUGUUACAGGUAAGUUACGUCGUUAACUCUGUGGAGCUGUCCACACUUGGUGCUCGGGAACUAGUGCCUGGGUACCGACAAAAAAUGGUGUUGUGUUCAUACCUUUAGUACCCGAUAUGUGACUAUGUAUAUAGUUACUCCAUUUCGUUCUGUCAGACGCCAUUUUGAAACAUGAGCUUAGCAGCGAGAACUAAGCAGUGGACUGCCCGGAACUCAUACAAAAACCGUGUGCACACGGGGACCCGGUGUCUACUUUUGCGCCGGAGUACAAGGUCGAGACCUGGUACUCUGGUACCCGCACGGAGCCCGAAUUCUUGCGUGGGUACUUGAAAAAAUGGUGUGCUCAUAUUAGUGCCCAGCGAGUAGCGUACUCGGGCAUCGUGCCCAGACACCGAGUGUGAACGUUGUCUAAGAAGACAAAGUUCCUGUUGUUGCUGAUUUAAGGUUCAGUUCUCGGAAAACAUAUUUUUGUAUACGGUUAUCUUAUUUUCUAAAUUUCAUAUUUUUGUUUUACUUUUUAAUAAGAGAAACCACCACCGCCUGGAAAUUUAAAGGUAAUUAACGUACAGACAUGUUACAUUGUAAUAAAGUGGGAGAAACCAAAAUAUGGAGGUGAUUUCCAGAUUCAAAACUACUCAGUCGAGCACAGAAAAGUAGGCUCCAAAAACUUCACCAAGGUGGCAGCCUUGCCCUAUUCACAGACUGGAAUGAUUAUGGAGGACUUAGAACCAGCCACUGAAUACAUAAUCAGAUUAUCAAGCAUCAACAAAUAUGGGACAUCCGAUGGUGUACUCUUGACGCAAAACACACGAGAAGGUACUGGAAUUUUGCUCUUUUUGUGCUGUAGAUAUGUAUUUAUAAAAUAACAAAUAUAGAACGCGCGCUCUGAUUGGCCGAGAGGCGUGUUUUCAUGAGAGCAUGUAAACAUGGUUGUGACGUCACGAUGUUUUGCUUUUGGCGUGCUAGUCACGCAAGCACGAAUUUGAAAAAGUUUUUUGGUUAAAAACUUGACAAGUUUACUUUAUUUACCAAUUCCCUUGUCGGGUGAAACUUGGGAAAUCUUUACAAACAUGCUGUGUCAAUUUUUUUUUUCGCUUAAGCUGACAUUUUAAGCGAAUCCGUAUAUUGGAAUGCAUCUUUUUUGCAAAACAAGAACUGAUUACGCUUGCAAGACUUCGCGACUGGUAAGAAUUUCUCUAUUAAUCAGUGCCAUUACAAAGAGUUCGCGUUUUCUCUCGGGAAAGUUAAUUAAUUUUAUAAAAGCAAUAGAAAACUUUUUUCUCGCAACCCCUCUCGUGUUUAUAUCACGCCAUGCAAACAUGCACGGAAAACGUUUUCUAAUGCUUACAUGUGUAAAUAUUGUUAAUGAAACUAGCCUUAGUACAGAAGCCCCCUUAAGGGGACGGGACGGGUGUACACUGUAUAGGGCGAAAAUGAAGGGAUUUUUAUGGUUGCCAGCUAGCUACUCCCUCGCGCGCUCAUCAGAAAAGUAAAAAUUUAGUUUCAGAUUGUGCAGAUACGUAGAUGUGUGUGUAGGGUGUAAAUGUUUGCCAUCUUUUUAAAAAAGCGUGGCCUCGAGGACCGCAAAUACGUCCAUUUUCUUUCUCCGAAGACCAUUUUCGUCACACAGUGUACUAAAUGGGUAGUGCACUUUCUUUAACUACUUCCACAGUGUCUCUUUCAUUUACCAGAAACAUUUCUUACAAUGCGACAAAAACCUUGAAUAAUUCAGGUCUCUAUAUUAUUGUGUCUAACUUGCAGAUGCAUUUAUUAAGAACUUGAUCCUCACAAUUGUGCUUCCUUUGAGUUUGGCUUUCUUAUUAAGCGAAUGCGUCCGUUUUCUUUCUUCAACCACCAGUUUCGUCACACAGUGUACUAAAUGGGUAGUGCACUUUCUUCAAAUACUUCCACAAACUGUCUCUUCCAUUUACCAGAAACAUUACAUAAAAUACGACAAGAACCUUGACAAAUUCAGGUUUCUCUCAUGAUUAUUGUGUCUACCUUGCAGAUGCAUUUAUUAAGAACUUGAUCCUCACAAUUGUGCUUCCUUUGAGUUUGGCUUUCUUAUUCAUCGUCACCGUGUGCCUGAUUUUUCGGCCAUGUUGCCAAACAAAAACGAGAGAAUAUGGAAAGGUAAGAAGGAUGAUGAUAAACGUUUAGUUGCCUUGAAUGCAAUCCAUGUUAUGCUCAAAGGUUAACUCUUAAAGCCACAAUAUUCACAUGAAAAUUUGCCAGACUGCUCUUCAUUCCGGAGUUCGUCAAAGCAUUUUCUUUAUGGUGAUCAGCUAAGAGAGACGGCUGUAUUCGCAGGCUAGAUAGGCGACAAUCGAUUUCAAUUUAUACGUUUGAAUAUCUCAACCUUCCACUUUUGAACAAACAAGCAGUGUAAUGUAAGCGAACAUUUCUGCUCUAGAUUGUGUUAGGGAAGCGCGGCAAUUGGAUUGAACUUCCCAGAUCAGCUGUCGAGUUCAAGGAGAAGUUGGGUGAAGGGGCAUUUGGAGAAGUUUUCAAGGGCGAGGUCACGAUCAGCGGAAAAUUUAGGAACUGUGCUAUAAAGAAACUUAAAGGUAAUCUUUGGUAAACUUUUUCUUGUUGUUAUUGUUGCUUUUUUUACAAUUGGGGAAACAGCAUAUUGUCACAUAACCCAAUUAUACUGCAUGGUAAAACAUAGUUUCCUUCAUGUCUUACUAAUAACUUAUAGAUCUGAUCUAACAGUACUUUGGAUAUUUGUAUCAUUGCUUAGCAAAUAUAACGCGAUAUUAUUUUCAUUGGUAUUAAAAACGUUAUGUAAUAUCUGACUCAUAACAACAGCGAAAGCAUUUUUGAAAUUUUAGAGAAUGCUACAGAGAAAGAAAAACGUGACCUUAGGAAUGAGCUGGAGAUAAUGGCUACAGUUGGUGAACAUCCCAAUGUUAUAAAUCUUAUAGCAGCUUGUACAGAGACAGGUAUUUCUCAAUUUAAUUUUAAACCUGGACAUCGUUGUAAAUUCAUCAAGUUUUCUGAGCAUAUAGCCACGCUUAAUUUCGUCAUGGCCAAACAUGCACUUAAAACUUGCUUAUGGUGAUCUGUUCCUUUUAAGCUACAUGCAAACAGACGUAACGAUUCCCAACAUUGUCGCCCAACAAUAUAGAGAGUUGUUGCGUCCAUUUCAGUGCACGUAGCUAAAAGUUUGACCGGUUUUGAACUGCACAACAACUCUAAACAACACACAAGAACAUGCACCAACAUGCAACAGGGUGUGCAAACAGACGUAACAUGUAACAUGGCAACAAUGAUGGGAUUUUUUGGCCAAAAAUGUUGCGUCCGUUUGCACGGGGCUUGAAAAUUACUGUUAUUGAAAGAAAAUCUGUGAGAAUAGGGCUAUAUCGACACGAAGUAUGAUGUGACUAAAAUAAUAUCUUUAGGUGUACUAUCUUAUUUCUGUAUGCGUAGUUUAUCUUCACAUCAUUAAUGAGUCUUCUUUAGGCUUCCCUGUGACACGAUAAGUAGUAAUGUGGGCCCACCUACCCCACCCCGAAGUCUAACACUAUGCUCUUAGGGAAAGUUCAUUUAAUAUGACAAGGGGGGGUGGGGGGGAUGAAGAUAUUGAGGGGGGGCUCCGAAAAUUUUUAGACACCCGAAGGGGGGGGGGGGGCCUUGAAAAAAUUGUUGCGCUAGGGGGGGGUGCUCCGAAAAUUUGUAUACUUCAAAACCAACACAUGACAUCAUCAUACAGAUCGGAUGGUUUUCAACUCAACAAUUUAAUGACCUGUGCAACUCAGCUAUAUCACGUGGUUUACAGAUAUAACAAAUGUAGUCUCAGUAAUUAUUACACUCUUGUUCAUCCCAAAAAUGCUUUAGAAAAUUGUAUCACAACUGUAUCUCAAGUUUGUCAUAGUAUAAACCAUUGAAGACAAUAACGGUAAAUAUAUUUAAUACAGUCUAGCGAUCUUUUUUCAGGGGAGCAAAGGAAUUGAAGGAGGAGGGGGGGGGGGGCUCUGAAAUUUUUUCGACUACCAAGGAGGGGGCUCCUAAAAAAUUGAACCGCUAGCGAGGGGGGCUGCUAAAAUUUCAAGCUUCGAGUUUCAAUAUCUUCAUCCCCCGCCCUUGUCAUAUUAAAUGAACUUUCCCUUAAGGAAAAGUUUUUAGGUUUUAACGUUGGAUUAGGGGAGGGGUAGGUGGGGAGUUUAACGGAAUCAUAUACUGAUCCAAGUUGGAUUGUGAUGGUAUACCGUGUUUAAAAAUUAAACAAUGUACUCUUUUUCAAACAGAACCCACGUUAGUUGUCGUACGCCUGGCAGAAAAUGGCUGCCUGUUAAAUUAUCUACAUAGGAGCACAGAAAAUUCUUACGUGAACGUAAACCAACCGAAACUAAGCUUCACAACAAGUGAAAGAACAAGGAUCGCAAGAGAUAUUGCAAAUGGAAUGUUACAUCUGUCAAACAAAAAGGUAAGAAGCUCUACGAACAAGAUAAAUAAUAAGGGCUACAGUUAGGGUCGAUUUUGUUUUGGUGGCAUUGAUUAGCUUUGAUUAUAAGGACUCUUCGACCUUCAGUGCUGCGUAGAUUUGAUUUCAAAAUCGGUCAGGAGCUCAAAAUUUAUUUAUUUAUUUAUUCCUACUGAGUUCUGCGGUAGCCAUUGCUUGAAAUCAUGUUCUGCUCUGAUUGGCUAAGAGUCUUUGGCGCGAAAGUUUAUCUAUAGACCGUUUUCACAUGAUGUAACGUGGGCCAUGUCCUAAAACAAUAAAACGGUGGUCAUGUUGGUUUUUCUAACCACUCCGGUGGAAAUUGAACCUUUUUCUUUUGUAUUUUUUUUGAAUUUCAAUAAAUCUGCAUAACUGCUGGGCAAGCGAAUGAAAACGUUUAAUACUGACCCGGACUUUCGAAGGCGUCCUGAGCUAAGAUCUCUCGUAAGCAUAGUGUCUUAACAAUAUCCCACCGUCAUGCUGCAAUACUAUAUGCAGUCAACAACUCCCUACAUGCCGACACCCGAUAAUACGGCCAGCAGCUAAAUCCCAGGCAAAAAUAUAUUACAGACGUUUGACUGAAAUAAACUCCCGCUAUUACGGACUCUCGCCGACGAGGACACUGACUCAAGGUCAGUCCCUACAGUGUCCGCCAUAGGGAUACAUCUUAGAUCAAGAUUAGUCUCGUAAAUUAUAGGGUCAGUUAUUUAGUAUAUAAUAGAUGCACUGAUUUCAAGCGGCUUCUGGGCUGGUUUAUGCUUUGUCUUUGCAGUGCGUUCAUCGUGACCUUGCAGCUCGAAAUGUCCUUUUCGACGAGAAUUUCGUGGCCAUGAUAUCUGACUUUGGUUUGUCACGUGAUGUAUACGAAAGUGGUGAAUACGAAACGUUGUCUGGGGUACGUAAUUAAAACAUAUUUGCGCAUUAGGUUACAAAGAUGUAUCACUAUUGGUUAUGGCAAUAACUGAGUCACUUUGAUUCCCGCGCCCUGUUUCUGUGAGUAUAGAGCAUGCGCAUGGACACGCGUACGAUGAAAUGUUGUCGCAAUUGUCGGUAAUAUGGCGCGUCAUUUUACUAGGAAACUCACUGGAAAUGGAAGCAUAACAUUUUCAUUGCAGCAAGUGGUUUCUCUGCAAAGAUUUGACUGAUAUUGGGAGUCAUUUCUAUGGUCUAUAUCAGCACAGAAAAAAGCAAAUUGUUGUCUUUCUAAGAACUCCUCUCUCUAUUAAUUUAUCCACAGAAUCGUCAGUCACUGUCAACUCAAUGCCAUCCUAGAGGUGUCUAUUUCAAAACAAACUGUUUUUUUCUGCCACUUCCUCACCCACUAUGCACUGUUGGCUUCAAUUAUUGUCUACCCUACCUCUCACGGGGCUCAUCGGACUCCCUAUUUAUAGCGGCUAAUUAUUUGAUCAAACAAGGCCACACAUUUACCUUGUUUCCUUUUUCUUGUUAUUAUUCAGGGCAUGUUGCCAGUACGUUGGAUGGCUCUUGAAUCCUUAGAAGAUUACACCUACAACACAAAGACAGACGUGUAAGUUCAGCAAACUUAAACUUUCAACAUGGAAAAACCCUCACUUUAAAUUAGCGAAAGUAACUUUAAUGAAGAUGAGUGACAAAAAGGCUUUCUAUUUUAGGUGGUCAUUUGGCAUAGUAUUAUGGGAAAUUGAAUCUCGAGGUAAGUUCUUUAAUCACAGGAUUUUCUCGGAACACGAAUAUGCACAACCAUCCUUGAGAGAAAUGGGGAAUCACUCGUCUAAUAUAGUUUCUUUUCGUACCUUAUAAUUUAGGUUUAAUGCCGUAUUCAGGAUUGGGAGGAAUGGAAGUUGUAGACUUUCUUAAGUCAGGACAGAGACUGAAACAACCUGAUGGCUGCCGGGAUAAGAUGUAUUUUUUUUUUAGCAAAACAUUUCGUUUCAUGACAAAAGAUUUGAGUCACUUUUUGACUCGAAUGAGUCACUAAGCACAUGUUUUUUGCUUCAACAGCUUUGAGAUAAUGACCUCGUGUUGGCACCCAGAGCCCUCAACACGCCCUUCAUUUAGCGAAAUAGUGUCUUCGCUUGAAGAGGAAUUGACGGUAUCUUGAAUUUUUUGCGUUAGGUGUGGGGAUGGGUAGUUUCCUUAGCUAGAUUCGUAGUUUUUAUUUGAGGAUUUCAGGGAUGAGGAUCUAGAUAAAAAAGUUUGGAUUGUGACAAAUUUUGGAGUAUGAUAGAUGGCAGCGAACAUAGCGAAGCAAUUUCCGAAAGCUUUCCAAAACUAAAGCAGCUUGUUAUAGUACUGUUGUUGAGUUAGAAUUCUUGUUUAAUUAAAAAAAUAAUGGUGAAACAAAUGAUAUUAACACCAGGUAGUUUUACAGUUUGUAUAUUACGUAUAAUUCAAAGUAACACGCCACGGCAAACGGCAAACGUGAAUUUGUACCUCGUGACCAAGGUUUCCUUUUUCUUGUUGUUAUCUACACAAAUAGUAGUUCCACACCGGUUUUAUCCAUAAGAAUUGUUUUGGACUGUUUUUUAUUUAGUACUUAUUUUCAAGUUGAAGAAUUUCUCAACUUGAGUCUGACGUUUGCCGUUGUAACAUUGAUUUUUACCAGGGUCUUCAGGAUCAGGACACUGAAAAUGAGCUUCCAUGAAUGAGACUGUAAUUAGAACGUGACGACCUAAUCCACUGACAAGAAUGGCCGCAGUUCCUUCUAUGUACCACCAAUCUAUAAAUGGACGGUUGUUGUGCAAGACAAAAAGUUCCCCCGCUCUCUCUUUUAAGAACCGUGGUAGCGCACGGUGCAGGCCAAUGAAUGAUUCAUACACGUAACCCAGUGAUCUAGACGAUUGCUAGCUCUCAUCAUAUUAUACGUUUUUGCUUUGAGGGGCUGAAAUAAAGACUUCCAUGUACAAUGAGUCUGCGCCGUGUUUUUUUCUGAACGUACCAAAGAGCUCAGUGUUUGAUAUUGAGGGGAACUUUGGGGGGUACCCAAUACCGCAAUACCGUAAGAAAAAUUGGCAAAUACCGAAAUACCAUGUCAAAAAUCGACGAAAUACCGAUACCGCAUUAUGAUCGGUCACGUUUACUUAAAGCUGUAUCCAUUUCGCGUGUUUGUUAACCUUUAGCAUGUAUGCACCAAAAACCAACCUCAGACAUUGCGAGAAAACGUGAGAAGACCUUGAUUGGUAGAACGAUCGAUGCCCUUCCAAUUUCGUCAUAACCUGUGAACAGGCUAUCUGUUGGCAAAGGCCUGUUCACAGGCUAAUUUCGUCAUCGCCGGAUUGUGUAAUCAUUUACCAUUAAGUCUAAAGUCUUAAAAUAUUAACUUUUAUUAACCUAUUGCGCGGUGCACAUUGUAUUGACCCGUAUUAGACAGGAGAGCGCAAAUAAAUGGUACUGCAAUACCGUGAAGGACCGUCUUUUACCGAAUACCGUUAAUCAAAAGGAUAAGAAACGGUAUACCGCAGGGCUAGAUGAUACCGCAUAACCGCACAUUAAAAUCAAAAUUACCGAAAUACCGCUUGAAAAAAAGCUCGAUACCGCAAUACCGUAAACCGUCCCCCUCGAUAUUAAUAGGGACGAUCUUUACAAGGUCUAGUCUGCCCUGCGGCUCAUGUACUGUCAAGUUUCUUAUACAGGAUUGGUUUGUUCGUUAGACCAUAAACACAAAGAGAAAGGGAUGUGGUUCGGUUCCCAGCAGCCGUUUAUGGGGAGAAGCGUUGCGUGACGACACUAAAAACGGCUGUGUAGCAGAGUAUGCAAGGCCAGCCUUGUACGAAUUCCAAGAAUUUACCCGAUCAUUCAGCUUAAUUCUACAGUCGAAAUAAAAUAAUUCAACUUGACUGCUACUGACUGUUGGCUUCUGUAGUCUCUGUAGGUAGAGCGAAGAUAUUUUGACUAUAGUUUUCUGAUUUCGAGUUGUGCUUUAGCCUCCCACGCAAACGUUCUUAGGGUUUUGUCACGCAAUAGGAACGCGUGACGAACCUCUAAGAACGUAUGCGUGGGAGGCUAGUUGUGCUUCCGCUUUGCAACUUUACGUCAUCAUAUGUCUUAGAGGGCUAUUCCUAAGCGUAUUACCUUUUGAUCAUUACAUCCUGUCUUUAAAACAUAACUAUUUGAAGUGUUUGUUGCACCCAGGUUUUGUUACGUUCAUGACAAAUUGUCUGGCAAGACGGAGAUAUUAAUUGCACGUCAUUACCAGCUAAAAAGGUACGUUUGUAAGCUACCUUCCGAUAGAAAAACCCUAUGGUUAGAUGAAUCCAAUCAUUGAUUUAUUAAAAAAAUAUGAGGAAAUUCCGAAAACAAGGGCCAACGUUAACUGAACUGGUUACAACCUGUGAGUAGGAAUUGUUCACAUUUGAUCUCCAGAAACGGGCUGAAAAUCGGUGAAGGAUAACCGCCAGUUUCUGAAACCAACUUCAACGAGCCCAGUAGAUAAUUCAGAUGAAACACUUUUGAUAGUGUUACAGAUAGCUUGGCAAAUGAUCAAACUAAAACUUUGCAAAAUUGAUAGGGGAGAAAAUACGGAUAACCUAUAAAUAACUGUCACGUAAACCGGCAGGGUAAGACACAUAAGCAGUGAUCUUUUCAAUAAACUUAGUUCCAGAUAGACUUGCCUAGAAGUCGACUUCUUUGAGUCAAUAAAGCUGGUCAGUGUUCACUAAAUAGACAGAUCAAGCAUUCAAGGCAUUCCGCACUCGGUUUCAGAAGGUCUCUGUUUUUUUUUAUUUUUUUAUGCGGAAAUAGGUAUUGAAUAACACUAUAAAAUUUUGGUUUAUGGUUAUAACCCAGUGACUUAACGUUUUUUCCAUGUUUAUAUUGCAUAGUGUGUGAUUUGAUUUCAUCCCCAUGAAUACCACUGAUGUACUUCGUUUACUGAUCGUCAGCUCAGUUGUUCUACACGCGUAUCACUAUGGCUGUAAGUGUGAAAUUUCUUGCUGCGAAAUAUAUGUAAUAAGCUUUCUAUCAAAUUGUAAUCUAAUGGGAAGGCCAGUAAUGUCAGCUACUCGUCAUCGUUUGGCAAUUCAGUGGACAGGCUAACCUGUAAUAAAAUCUGACUAUUUAUUUAAAAUAUAUUUCUAUAAAACCUGGGCUUAGCUUAGUCUGCUACACAGUCGUUUUUAGUGUCGUCACGCUCCUCCCCGGAACGUUGCGUGACGACAAAGGAAAUGAAAACCCAUCUGGGUAGCUUACUAUGAUAUUACUCACAUCCUCUGUUUUGUAGCUAAUUAACCAAACUGUGUUCGUACAACUUAUUUUUAUAACUUCCCUGUAGCCUACUAACUAAACCUGUAGAAACUCUCAUUCAUCAUAACACUGAAAAACGAAACCUUGUUGAGUGCUCUAGACCAAAACGCUCGGCAGAUCCUAGCCUUAGGGACGGAUCAUUAGAAAAGUUAUGGGGGGGGGGGGGGGGGGGAAUUUUUAAACCGCAGGAAUUCUUUUCGUUAUCAAAUUCCUUGUAUGAAUUUUUUUUAGGCCAUAGCAUGAAUAUUUUUUAGGGUUAAUUGGCGUGCAUGAAGUUUUCUUUAUUUAAUUUUCCCUUGCGCGAAUAUUUUUUUGUACUUCUCCCGCCCCCCCCCCCCCCCCCCCCCCCAACCUUUUUUGUCUCUCGCCCCCGUCCCACUUCUCAACAUCCCGCAUUACACUGCCACGCAACACACACCUACCCCCCUACAAGUGAAUACCUCCCAGCGACACUAUUAAUAGAUCAAGAUUUUUUUUAGGCAAUAGUUUGAUUUUUUUUAGGUGUUAUGUGCUUGCCUUCAGUUUUUUUUAUUUAUUUUUCCCCUUCCGGCAAUUUUUUUUUUCCUUCGCCCCCCCCCCCCCCCCCGCCACCCCCCAUAAGUUUUUUAACGGUGCGUCCCUUACCUGUUUGAGAACCUUGCGCAACACAGCGGCACGUACCCUGCAUAAUCCCAUAUAUGGUGGUACCCCACAGGGUAAUAAUUUAAAAAGUUACGGGGAUGCAAGGAUACGGGAAGUACGGAGAAACAGCACGAGACAGGAAGGCUGUUUUUCUCAGUUUUCCAAGGUAAUUAGAACUAGUUUGAUAGCAAAGUUUGAUCCCCAUACAGUAUUUUAAAUUUUUCUUCCAUUCUACCAAGUCAAUGUAUGACUUAUUCAUUUAUCAGUCACGAUUUUAGUGGCUAAUUAGCCUAAAUUAACCCCUGGACAGAAAAUCAAAAAAUGUUAACUUUUUUGUUUUUGUUUUAGUAUCACAGGCUACAUUUUCUCGGGAUAAAAAUUCCAGGUCAGUACACAGCGCCGUCAAUAAAUAACGGGAAAACACUCGAACUUAUAGCACGGUGUUUUUGAUCACAGAUUUAGUGUAGUAGCUAUGCUGGUUGUUAUGGUACUCGACGAAUCAGCUGGCCUCUAAGGGUUAGCUGGAAUACUGGUUGUCUACAGAGUAAAAGUGAGUUUUUAGUCUACCUUGUGAUGUAGAAAACAAGUUAAACUCGCAUGAUCUAUGAAUCGUUUUCUAUUUUGCAGUUGUGUUCAGGCAGAGCCCGAAUUCAACCGUUCUUCAAAGAACUCAUUGUGUAUUUUUUUCAAGAACGAAGGAAAAAGUUGUCAAAACGUCUCCGGUAAUCAAUAUAUCUUUGACAAAUUUGGCGAUAAACUGAGGUACAGUAAAAAUCGGGCUCAAUCGGUUGAACGCUACUUACGGUUUUAUCCAUUUUCUGAAGAAUGUAAAUCAGUUAUGGGAGACCUGUAUUGCGCUUAUUUGUUUCCUCCGUGUGAUACGACUCUCGGCACGCCUUAUCCCCGCCAAAUCUGUCGCAAGUCGUGUGAAUUUGCUCUACACAUCACAUGUACAAAGAAGGACAUGGAUACGUUUAAACAGUUCGCAGAAGUAGAUCCCAACUUCGACAUAAAUCAGAUGAUUAACUGUUCGACGUAUGCAAUGGAUGCUGGAGGACAAGCGCCGGAAUGUUACCAAUAUCACUCACUACCAGGUACGUCUCAAUCCCAAAAAAUGUUUUUGGGGAGGGGGUAGUGCGGCUUACGUUGUUAAAUCCUUUCCUUCUUUAACAAGCCCAAAAUAUGUGUUUUUCAGAGUUGUUCCCUAAAAUUCAGUUGCAACACCUACCAGGCAUGAUCACAGCUAAUAGAAAUGGCUCAGUUGGCCGGGUUCACUUUGGUGAAAGGGUUUUAAAAAUGAAUGAAUAUGGAAAUGUUGCGUCUUCUAAGGAGAAAAAGGUCUAAAAAAGAUGCCCUCUCGGGCCGCACAUACCUACCAUAUUGGUGGUGAAAAGAACUUGAAUAGUUUAGGAAGACCUUUCAGGGAAUUAUUACAUACGAACUCUCCUCGGGCUAGUAAUAAAACGUCUCUGAACAGUGUCGGGUGUGUAAUUCGAUCCCUACACGUCCCAGCAGUUUUGUAUAUGAUCAUCGACCAUCUUGGAGAUGGAAAGGGAGAGGGGGAAAGGAAGGUUUUAUUACUAUCACAUUAAAAGGUCGUCCAGGCUUACUGAAAAUAGUAAUGAUAAUAAUAAUCGAACUGACUCAAUUUGGACAACACUCAUCACAGUGACAUUACACCCGUCACUUGCACAACACCCGUCACAGAGUUGACUAGGCUACAAGGUAGAAACAACAGAAACAAUUGUUUGUCACCUGAUCUUCCUUGAGGGUAAACGAUCUCAAUUGACACUAACUUGUAAUAGCUAGCUGAUUCUCUUGAUUAGUGCCAACAGCAAAAUUUAUGGACUUAAAGGGUGUUUCUUGUAAUUUAUAGGUGAUGAUACCAGAACUACAGGUUUGUAAUAAUAAUAUUGUAAAUGAUUGUUUCGUGCGAUUUUCAUGAUAUCUCUUUAAUUCUAUUCGAUUCAUAAGUAAUUCACGUCUCCCCACCCAAUUUUUGUUAUCAAAGGGGCAUUUUUUUUUUAAUUUAAAGAGCUUCGUUUAGAGUUGAAAACUUGAGUGAGUUCAGGGAAGUAUAGAGGAUCAGGAAACAGGAGGGCUUUUUUUCUCAAUUUCUCACGGUAAAGAUCUAGACGACAGUAAAGUUUUAUCCUUAUGCGGUAUUUGA